AACUGUGAUAGGCUCAUGACUCUGGAUGCCGCCUCUCUAAAAGCCCAUGUUGGCGAAACCCUAGUUGCCGACUAUAAAACUCUAGCAAACACAGUCUUGACACAGAAAUUUACCCUAGGUUGGUUGCGAAGAGAGCGAGCAAAGAUGCAGAUCUUCGUGAAGACCCUGACCGGAAAGACCAUAACUCUCGAGGUAGAGAGCAGCGACACCAUUGACAAUGUCAAGGCUAAGAUCCAGGACAAGGAAGGGAUUCCACCGGACCAGCAGAGGUUGAUUUUUGCUGGAAAGCAACUCGAAGAUGGCCGUACUUUGGCUGACUACAAUAUUCAAAAAGAGUCCACUCUUCACCUUGUGCUGAGGCUUCGUGGAGGGAUCAUUGAGCCUUCUUUGAUGGCUUUGGCUAGGAAAUACAAUCAAGAGAAAAUGAUCUGCCGCAAGUGUUAUGCUCGUCUGCAUCCUCGUGCUGUGAACUGCAGGAAGAAGAAGUGCGGUCACAGCAACCAGUUGAGGCCCAAGAAGAAAUCCAAGUGAACAAUGGUAGUGGCUCUCUAUGGUGCCAUCAAAGAGGAACAUGGUGUUGAGUGUUUUCCAUGUUUUAUUCUUUUGUGGUGUCAACUAGACAUGGAUUUGGAGUAAACAAUGAAUAGCACCGUAUUUGGUAGCAUUUGUUUUUGUUUCUUUAUGCUCUAUUAGACUUGGAUUUGGAAUUUAACAAUGAAUACCAUGUUAUUUUGUUGUGCACUA